AUGGCAAAGCUGCAGUCUUUGAAGAGCGGCUAUUAUGUCUGGCAAUAUGUCCCCUCUAUGGCUGCAGCCAUCAUUUUCUUGAUUCUAUUUCUACUCGCAACAGUGUUUCAUUUCUGGAAGAUUUUCCGAACAAGGGUACGAUUUACACUACCAUUCACUAUUGGAGGUAUAUUCGAAAUCAUUGGUUAUGCGGCCCGAAUCGAUUCUCACGAUAAUACUGGCGAAUUAAUACCGUACUGCAUCCAGGCUGUGUUCAUUUUGCUUGCGCCAGCCCUCUUUGCUGCAUCCAUCUACAUGAUACUUGCUCGCAUAAUUCGCAGUGUCCACGCGGAGAAACAUUCCAUCCUGCCCUUGAAUUGGGUGACCAAAACCUUUGUUCUGAGUGACGUUGUCACAUUUUUGGUCCAGGCAGGCGGAUCAGGAAUGAUGGUCUCCAGCAGCCUUAGUGGUAUGGGACAAGGCAUUGUGAUUGCUGGCCUAGGCCUGCAGGUCCUGAGUUUCUGCCUCUUUAUUGUCACUGCAUGUGUUUUCCAGACACGAAUGCGCCGAAACCCGACGACAGAGGCAUUUGACAAUGUGAUUCCCUGGAAGCGGCAACUGGAUAGUCUCUAUGCUAUCAGUGGACUAAUCCUUAUCCGAUCUAUAUUCCGAGUUGUGGAGUACGCUAUGGGCAAUCAAGGAUAUCCUCUGAGCAAUGAAUGGAUGUUAUAUGUCUUUGAUUCUGUUCCCAUGUUUGCUGCCAUGGUGAUAUUUGGCAUUUGGUACCCCAGUGACCUGAAGCCUUUUCUUGGGGAUAGAACUUCCUCAAACACUGAAACUAUCGAGAUGAAGUCAUGA